AUGACAUAUAGAGCAUUAAAACUGCGAGUCGCUCGCACAUUUUCUCUCUUUCUCCACCUUCAAAUGCUCACCUCCACUGUGGUCAGCGUUACUGGAUUUAAAUUGCCGUCUUUUACCAAUAGACAAGCUCCUGAUACCCUCGAAUUUUCAGAUCUUCAUGGACUUUCAGACAAUGGCUUCCAAAUGACCGUCGAUCUCCCACGUUUACUCCAUGGAAAUCCUGCUGAGCAGAAUACCUUGUUCACUGAGGCACUUCGGUUACUAGAUUCUAUGCAACAUGCACCAUCGUGCAACCAGCGUGCGGCAGCGAGUUUGAUAACUUCAUGUCAAACCUUGUCAGCUGAUACAAGUGAGAGAAGACAUUUCACUCACUCCGACUUGGACCAUGUCAAAUCGUUAUAUGCCGCUAGGCUAGCUAUAUGUGAGAUAACCGGUGCUGGAGCUGCUAUGCCGGAGAAAUGUUUAGAUGCAUUUCCUUCUUACAAUGACUGGAAGCCUCAAUACAAGGACAAGACUCAAAGAUUCCAAGUCACAGACGAGGAAAAAAGCAUUCCGGCGGUUUUACUGGAGCCAUGUCUCAGGUCACUAGAAUCAAAACCGCAGUGGUGGACAAGCUAUAGCAACAGCCGUCAAAAUGCUGCUGUGAUGUGCCAUGCCGCUCGCUUUGAAAUUGAGAAGGAGGAGCUACUCUACCGUCACAGAGUCCUCACUGAAGUUACAUCUGGAUUAAAUAAUCACUUGAACCUAACCCUGGAAAAUUCUUAUACCCAAACUAAACAGCAUUGUGAAUUUUUACAGGUUGUUGAUACUAUGCGUCGAAACCUGCUACGUGACCUACAUAGAGAUAGCGACAGUAUUCACAACCAGUUUACCGAACUUUUGGCAGGCGCUAAGGAUAUGUUUCGCAUCGCAAAUGGAGAAUUCCAGGGGUUUAUGGAAACCGCUUUGACAGAGACCGCUACUCUUGCUAAGCAAAUGAAAUUGUCAAUUCUCUCAGCUCAAGAAGUAAAACGAGUUUUAGGCGAGGUUCUUAUCGAAGAAGUGAAGCAAAACUCAGACCUGGUUUCUGCAGAGCACAUGGCUCUCCGAGCCAAUGCCCACUUAAUAACUGACAUUCAAAACUCACUCAGUGAGGUGAAUCAGGCUAGAAUAGGUUUCAUCGUGGAAGAGUUGAAUCGUCUCCACGUGUCGAUGCAUUCUCUAAGUGAAAUAGUUUCCAGCGUGGAACAACAGCACUCUUCCCUCGAUAAUCGUAUUAAACAUUUCGAUGCAGCAUUUAGCGACUUUGAACAGAAAGCUGCAUUUCUUCGACACAUGAUGGGCACACAAAUAAUGAACCAAAGUCGGCUUUCGACAUGCAUGGUGUCUUUUUCUGUGCUCAUGGAUAUAGUUUUCGGGGCAGCUCUUUUCAUAUCGGGAGGCUUUACCUGGCCUCAAGCUAUUCAAAAACCUUCCCUCAUCACUGUACACGAAGUGACACCUAUCGAGAUUACAUGCUUCAUCUUGGGGUUUGUCAUUAGUGCUGUUUCCGUCAUUACGAUAGCUGUCAGGGGCUUCACUUUCAAGUCAAAGCUUGUGAUGGCUUCGAAUUCGGAAACAAUGAGGCUCCCUUAA